GAAGUAUCAAAAUGAAGGAAAUUACAAGAGGAAAAUCCUCUCAAGAGGCCACAUCAGGCCUGAAUGAUCAGAAGUCGCUCAAGAAUCAGAGGAAUCAGGAAGGUCCAAGGAGUCUGGAUCGCAAAGACUCAGAGUGAAGGAAAAUAUUACAUAAAUCAACUCCUUCUGAACAAGGAUUUGUACCAGUUCAGGGAAGACUGAGCAAUAGAGUCAGUUUUCACUCGCCAAAUAGAAGUCUUGUGACCCCUUUUGUUGGAAAUCACAAGACUUAUGAGGAAAUGAACUUUGCUGGGACAGAUCAAGACCUGAGAAUCAAGUCCAAAACUGCUGAACUCUCUAAUAAGGAUUCUCAAUGCUUGGAUGAGAAGAAUGGUAAUCCUAUGCAAAACGAUGCUAAGAUGAGCGAGAAUGAGCCUUUGAGCUUGAAUUGAAAAGAAGAAAUCUUGCUGGAUAACUUUGAUAGCGACAGUAGCUCUAUUCAUAGUGAAAAUGCGAUUUCAGUACCAAAAGAAUAUGUCAAAAAUGAUUAUUUAAGUGUCUGAGGGGUAAAUCAAAACUUCUCUCACGCUGAUAAUGAAUAUAUCAAGUUUUUCAACCAUCCUUCAGGAUCAACUUUCAAUUGCCCAAAGCCAGGAUAUGAUUGCUUUAUACAGAAUCCUUAUUCUCCCUUCUACGGACAUUAUCCACACCUCUCUCAGACUCGCCCAAUGGCACAUAAUAUACCUGCGAGAAAGGAUCUCAACAAUACUAUUCAAAAGGAUUCAAGAAUGAUUAUUUCACCUCUUGGCAAAGUCAGUGAAACACAAAAGCCAAGCAGCCCAGUUUUUAAGAAAAGCAAACAGCAAGAAGUAAGCGAAGAGGCUACAAAAGCUCCAUCGAGGAUGAAAGAGACAAAUCCAUCGCAGAAGCAGACUCAAAUAUUGUCAACUCGUUCUAGAAGGGUUCCCUGAAAAUAAGGUGACUGUUGCUGAGUCUGUUCCAGUCUCGAAGACUCCAACUAAGAAGGUGAUCCAGAGGAUGAUAGUAGAAGCUCCAAUGUCUUUCUCAAGCUCCAAGGCUGAUGAAGGAAAGAAAGUUACUGAUAAGUCUAAACAGAGCAUGGAGGAAGAAAAAGGCAAAAAUGACUCACUAUCUUCUCUUCAUACUUAUUCUGAUUACAAAUUGAACAACCGCUCUGUCUUAGAUGACAAGGAAGCAGGUUCGGUUGUCUCUCUCAGCUCGAAGGAGAGUAAGAAGGAGAAAGAAUUUAAUGACUCUGAAUAUUCACCGAGUGAAUUCAAGAAUAGAAGCUUCAUGAAAAGCUCUAGUUCUAAAGAUGUUUCACAAAUGAGAGCAAAAUAUAAGGGAAAAGGCUUCAAGAAGAAUCCAAAUAAGAUCAACUCAGGCAAGACUAUGAAGACUAAAACUCAUAAGAGCAAGGUAGAGGAUUAUAGAGAUUGUAAGAUCUGAGGGAAAGUGUUCUCUCGCCAAGGUCUUGGAGGUCACAUGUCAAGAGCUCAUCCUGGCCAGAGCGAUGAAUACAGACAAAAGAAGCAGACAAGAAAUGGAAGAGAAUCCAAAUUGAGACUACUACGCAAGGCUCAGCGCGUCUAUAGAGUCGUUCAUAAGUGCCCCGAUAUUAAAGGAACUGACAUGAAUAGGACCAAACUGAACAAGAUCAGAGAUCAUAUUAAAAAGUGGAUGCUUGAGCAUGCUGGAAUGGAGUAUGACACUUCUGAAGAAGGAGCACCCUUUUAAUAGUCUCUAAUCAUACAUCAA